AGCAACUUCGCGUCCACCAUUGUUCCCAAAACCCUAGAAAUCUCGCGCUAGGGUUUUUUACCCUUUACAUUCCAGACUCUCUUACUUUCUCUCAUUCCAUCACAAACCCUAGAAAUUCCCGGCCUCUCUCUCUCUCUCUCUCUCUCUCUCUCUCUCUCUCUCUCUCCAUCACAAAACCUAGAAAUUUCAGCCAAAAACCCGUCUAGCGUUUCAUAAAAUCGCCCUCUUUCUCCAACGGACGGAUCUUUUCCUGUCAGAAACUGUGAAACGCCACGAGAAGAACCGAUGCGAUUCAUCGCAAAAUCCUAAUUCCGGGGCAACGGUAUGAUUCUUUGAAUAUGACCGAUGUCGGCUCAGAGACUGGAAGAGGUAACGACUGCACCAGCAACGACAACGGGAACGGGUCGAAGGUGGUGUCGGGCGUCGGCGAUGAUUUCAGCCGUUCGAUCGCUAGGAUCGCAGUGGCCCAGAUAUGCGAGAGCAUUGGAUUCCAGAGGUUCCAGAAAUCCGCCCUCGAUGCCCUCUCCGACAUUGCAAUUAGGUACCUGAGAGAUAUAGGAAAGAUGGCGUGCUCCCACGCGAAUUACGCCGGUAGGACGUCAUGCAACGUGUUUGAUAUUGUGCAAGGGUUGGAAGACCUGGGUUCGUCUCGGGGCUUUCCCGGGGCGUCGGACGUCAAUAGGUGCCUUGCGGGUUCGGGCAUUGUCCGUGAGAUCGAAUCGUAUGUGCAGUAUGCAGAGGAGAUUCCGUUUGCGAGGCCCGUCCCAAGAUUCCCCGUUAUCAGGACCCAGAAGCUGGCUCUGAGUUUCGCCCAAAUUGGGGAAGCUCCGGCUGGAAAGCACAUACCUGAUUGGCUACCACCAUUCCCCAAUUCCCACAGUUGUCGUAGUACCCUCGAUUGGAACCCGCGGUCACUGGGUCAUCGUACAGAUAAGACAGGUAAGAUUGAGCAGGGGAGGAAAGAGAGGAAUGGGGAAAGGUCGCUGUCGAGCUUGCAGCAGCAGUUUGCUUGCGAUGACAUGGCAAGGCCCGCCAUGAUGGAUGCUGCAGCUGGGGUUGCUGCGAAUGCAGGACAUGUGUCCGAGUGUAAUGUGCUGCCCGUUGCCAUCCCUGCUAAGCUAUCCAAUGGCAUGGUUGUUGGGAAUGGAGUCUCUGUGGUUGAGAUCUUUGUGCCUGUGAUUGAGGCAGCGAAGAAUGGGUUUUGCAAUUCAGAUAAUGAUGAGAGAAGGGUUCUUCCCAAAAAGAGGUCCACUGUGCAUUUUAUGUUUGGGACUGGCAAGAAAGCAUUAAAUGCUCCUUUGAAUUUGAGUUCUAGGAGCACAUAUGUUGAGAAAACAACUUCUUGGUUUUCAAGGGAUGAUGAGAAGGAUGACAAUCAAAGGAGAGUGGAGCAGCUGUGUAAGGAGGCUGUGGAGAAUCCAAAGGAAAUCUCAAUUGUAAAAUAGUUCAUUAACAGGUCUGCUUGAUGAGAAGGUGCAUUUUCUUUUUUAAUUUCAGAAUGCGCUGGUAGCAGUGGGUUAUGGAUGGUUGGAUUUAAAGGUGUGUAGUGUUAUGGAAUCAAUGGGUCUGUCGAUAAAGGGUGUUGUAUAGUUUCAUCUUGAUGGAUUCAAGAGGUUGCGAAAAACACGCCCCAAGUGUUCUCACUUCCAUGAAUUAGACAAUGGGAUGAAGAAUUCAUGAAGUUAAAGAGGCUCCUCGGAGACGGCUGCCCGUGCUCGUCUCCAUCAUCUCCCAAUGCACAAAUAGCACACUUUAGGAAGUCAGAGCCGUUGAUCCGGUGGGCCACCAUGUGGAGGACAAGUGGCGGCAAUCAGGCCAUCUCAAAAACUGGAUAUUUAAGGGGGAAAAAAUGGAAGAAAAGAAUAAACAGUUGUCCACACCCAGUGAACAAAAAAUGCAAUAUUUGGGUGGCUGUGUGCUUGUUUGAUCUCAUUUUAAUUAUUCAUUUGAUUGAUGCCCAAAAAUGAGUUCAUCUCAUUUUAGUUAAUAGUAAUUAUUUGUUG